AGAGAGUCAGAAUAGGUCUCCCCCUCUCUCUCUCUCUCUCUCUCUCUUUGGUCUUUGUACAUUAUAACACACAGUGAACAGAGUGGUGUUUGUUUGAACACGCCUUUGUUGCUCUUGGUCUCUUUAUUAACUCUCUCUAAAAGAACCCACCACUAAUUUUGUGGGUGCUUCACCGAUUGACUUGACAGACACAUCUAAAGAGAAGAGAAGACUUUACUUAUAUCUCAAAAAUCUGACAAUCAGAAAACCAACAAAAGUUUUCUUGCUUCUUUGCUCUUUGUCUUCUUUCUCUUCUCAGCAUAAAAUCCACAUCUCUCUCUCUCUACUGUUUCCUCACUUCUUUACCUUUUGGGGGGAAAAAAAUCAAGAAAGCUAUAGAGAGGUGGCUACUAUGGAAGCUUGUUGCUCUGAUCUUGAAGUUGACAUCAAUGGAGAAGAAACUCUCUUUCUCAAUAAGCAAAUCAUAUGUGCUUAUUCUGCAACAUUCAAGAGGCUUCUUGGGAAAUCAACUUGUUCCAAUGGGAAUCUCAAGGUAAUCUUUAAUGAUUUCCCCGGUGGAGCGGAGAGUUUCGAGCUUGUAUCGAGGUUUUGCUACAGUAACGGUAGAUUAGCUGUGAUGCCCUCGAAUGUAGUCCUUAUGCAUUGUGCUGCUAAGUUCAUGGAAGUCUCUAAAGUCUUGGAACAAACAGAGAAGUGUAUGGAAGAGAUUCGGUAUUGGUCUUGGCCAGAGCUUCUUCUCAGUCUAAAACAGUGUCAAGAAGUUGAAACAUCGUCUGAAGCUGAGUCUUUAGCCGCGAAGUUGAUGGAUGCGUUAGUGGAGAAACUGUGUUUAGCCGUUGAAAUGAGUCCUUCUAGUGCUGCUUCUGCUUGUUCACCAGAUAGCAGCUUGUUUCGGUUUUCUUGUGACAGUAAAAGCACUGAGAGUUUCAAGAAUAGCUCUGUUCGGUUAACGUGGUGGUUUGAUGAGGUUCUUGUUUUAAGUCCUGGUUUGGUUGACAUGUUCUUGAAGCUUAUGGUAUCGAGAAAAUUUGAUAAUCUCAUCAUAAGUAGGUUCUUGUUCUAUUACCAGAAGGUCAAGUUUUGCUCAGCGACUUCUCAUGAGAAAAGAAAGAUUCUUGAAACCAUCAUCGAUACUCUUUGUGUCUUAGAUCAAAGCUGUGUCCCUUGCAAGGGCCUUUUUGGAUUUUUGAGGCUUGCUCUUGGAUUGAACAUAAACAAGAGUACUAUGAACAAGCUGGAGCUUAUGAUAGGUAACCAACUGGAUCAAGCAACACUAGACAAUCUUCUUGUUCCAUCUCCAUCGAAGUCUAGUCACUUGUACUAUGUGAAUCUUGUUAUUAGAUUCACAAAAGCUUUCCUCGACGGAGCAAGAGGAGGAUUGCAGUUGAAGAAAGUCUCAAGCUUGAUUGAUCAAUACAUAGCUGAAGUAGCACCUGAUCAUUGCUUGAAACCUUCAAAGUUUCUGUCUCUCCUCACACUUGUUCCAGAUACAGCCAGAGAAUCACACGAAGAAAUAUAUCGUGCUAUCGAUAUGUAUCUCGAGGCUCACACUGGAUUAACCAAUGGCGAAAAACUCAGCCUGAUACGAACAUUAGCUUACGAGAAGCUUUCAGGAGAAUCAAGAAGUAAAAUAUCGCGUAACCCGAAGUUUCAGGUAAUUGAGACACUAGAUGAACAACGAGAACAGAAGCAGCUCAUACUCCAAAUGGAGAAGGUUGAGAUUUCAGGAGAUAACGAGAAGCUGAAAGAACAUAUUGAAGGGAUUCAGUGGAGGGUUAUGGAGUUAGAGAGAGCGUGUUUGAAAAUGCAGAAUCAAAUGGAAGUUAUCAAGAAGAGAUCCAAGAACUCGAGCAAAGGAAGCAACAGAUCGCUUCCUAAGCUCUGUUCUUGAUUACUGAAGCCGUAGCUUAUGAUGAUAUUUGUACAUAGAGUAAUAGAGAGCAUAAGGAGUCAAUUAUAGUUACAAUCUCUUUCUCAUGUUUCAAAGUACUGUAUGUAUGUAUCUUUCCUAGUGUUGUUUACUGCCACAAAGUUGUGCGUAAGAAAAAGUAAAGAAAAGAUUCGUUUUCUAUGCA